CUCAUUAUUCAAAUUUAAGUUUUAAAAGACCAUUAUGAUGCCAUCUGGCAGUUCAACAGCACAUUAUCAGCGUUUAGCCUCACCAGUCCGUCGACAGAUGGCACGUAAGAUACAAAGAAAUUUCGCAGCGUUUCCUCGUGAAGGGCGCGCGUUCCCGUCGCAUCGGCGAGGUAGAAAACUGGAGCGCUGCAAUGGUCCCAACUCAUCGUCGUUGCAAACAGCUUCCGUUAUAGAACAUAGAGCGCAAGUAGAGGAGGGGGCAGGGGGGCGUAUCGCGGAGUGGCUUGUUCGUCAGGUGACGGAGUACUUUUUCGAGGCAAACCGUGAUAUGCCGUCCCGUCUUUCCCGCGGCUGGGUUCGAUAUGGCCAGCAGCAAAGUUGCGCGGUGACUCGGACCCAGUCAGGUUGUCCAACGUACAGUUGUUGAAUUGACUGCGCGCGGAAUAAGAAGGGGAAGGAUUAAGGAAACAGUUGGGCAGAUUUGAAAAAUGCAACUAAAAGCCGGCAUAACUUGGCGGGUGGAUCAUGCAGCAAAGGAGUUAUGUCAUUAAAAAUACGAUGAUACUGAGGCUGAAUAAAAGCAAUCAAAAACAAA